AUGGCGAUGGAAUUGAUCGACGGAAAGAUCGUCGCGGACUUCAUUGCCGAUGCCGCCGCGUUCAACAGAGCUGCUGACGAGUUCUUCGCAGCCCUCGACGUCGACGGCGACGGCCGACUCUGUCGCAGCGAGCUGUUCACGGGCUUCGACGGCCUCUUCUGCUACGGGGAGCCGCCCGAACUAUCUGAAUCGACGAGGAAAGACGCUGCCGGUUUCUUUGCGAGGUUCGAAUCGGACGAAACCGGGAUGGUGGGCCGGGAGGAGUUCCGGUUCAGAUUGCGGGAGCUGAUGGCAGCGGUCGCGCAGGGUCUCGGCGAGGUUCCGGUCCAGAUUGCGCUCUACGAGGGAUCGGUGCUCAUGAAGGCGGUCGAGCAUAGCCGGUCCGCGCCGGGAUCCGGUGCGGGCUGUUGA